AUGAAAGUGCUGUUCAUCGAAUGCAAUGCCGAUGGCCGGGCCCAGAAGGCUGUCUCUGACGAAGGCGUGACGCGGACGCAGCACGCUGCGCGCGAAUACCAUAAAAAGGCCAAAUUGCGCAGAGCCAAAGCGAAGGGUGACAGUCGCAAGCCGCCGCCGACUAAGAAGGCCAGCAGCUCCGAGAUAACUUGGACAGAUGAGUCAGCGCUCCAGGAGCAGCGAGCCAAGCGCGAUGAGUCGCCCGUCAAAAUCCUGCUGGGAGCCAGUCGCUCCGACCCCUUCCAUACCAUCGGCGAGAAAGAUGGGGUUGUCCCGCUCUACGUGCACGAGAUGCUGGACCAUGCCAUCUCGUGCCACUGGCUAGAACUGUGUCUGUCCGACGGUGGAGGAGGGCACAACGCCGCCAGGGCCGAGAUCAUGACCUCCGUCAUCCACAGCCCGGUGACAUGGUACACCAUCGUCUUUGCCGGCGCGACUCACAACGCCUACCAGUACGGCGGCCGGGGGACGACCAAGCAGAAUGAGCAGCUCCGGCUGGCGUACAAGACCAAGGCCAUCAGGUCGCUGCUCGAUUACAUCCAGGAAAACGGGGACAACGUCUCCGAGGAGGCCCUCAUGGGCAUAAUAACCUUGGCAUCCCACGGCACCGGCGAGGUUUUGAAGGGCCAUGACUCGUAUAAGCGCCAGACCUUGCCCUUCCUGUCCCAUCUCCAUGACGUCGACUACUACGCGAGCAUGGAUACUGGCAUGGAACAUCUGAACGCUGUGUAUGCCAUCGUGGGCCGGUGGGGAGGACUUCGGAAGCUGCAGCGGAGGAGCUUGGCCGUCAUUAUUCAAGUGUGCGACAUUCUCACAUCUUGGAGGGAGUUGAAGCAUCCCCACUUUGAUCUCCUGAUGCCGACAACGUUCCACAUUAAUAACAGGAGCCAUCAGCCGGAUGCGGCCGCAGAAGCCAUGCUUGAAACUCUGACCACAGGCUUCCACAACUUGAUCAACGAUGGUUACACCAGCCUUGACCCCCUCGUGGAGAUCGCCGACCGCGUGGCCAUCUUCUCGGCCGACUUUGAUCAAUUGCUGAGGUCCUAUGAUCUCCCCAAAGAUCAACAACCGCUGCAUACUCCCAACAUGGCCCUUGUCAGGUACAUGCGGUGGUGCGUGCUUCACGAUUGCCUAUCGCUACCGGAGCAGGACACCGACGAAGACGGCAGGAAAACUGGGCAAGAGAAGGUCAUUUACGAGAUCUGCCGACACAUCCUGUUCGCAUAUGCGGUAUUUGUCGUGGUACCCGUGCCGCCCCGGACCAAGCUGCAAGCAAAGAUCGCCGAACGACUCGGACGGCUUCUGAUCAAAGCGGUCAAGGUGGGCAUCCCCAGGGAACAACCCGAUCUGUUCUUGUGCGCGGUCGCAUGGGGCUGGAUGUGCACCGAACAAGCGGUCGGGUAUCGUAAGCUCGACAAGCUGUUGGGCAGCUUCGCCACUUUGCUGGAGUUCGCAGUGGUCCCGCGGAAGCCAGAGUCAUGGCCGAAAGUUGAGGAUUCGAUGAAGUCCUUCCUCUGGUUCGAGACUUACUGUGAAGAGCCGGCACGGAAGUUCUGGGCUGCAGCUUGUGAGCUUGCAAACGAGGACAUCAAAGAAGAAGAGUUUUCUUGA